UGAACCCAGUGGCCUCAAAUGCUCUGUGGAGAGAGAUGAAGUAGAAACAGAUUUCAGUGAGUUAACGGAGAUAAAAACCUGCUUUCUCUCAGGCCCCCAGUGCAGCAUCUGUUUCCCCAUUCCCCAUCCACCGGGCUGGCUCCUGGGGCCCUCAGCUUGGGUCCCCAAGACACCCUGAUCCAUCAGGCCAGCAGGCAGUGGCGUCACAGGCCAUGCUCUGCUCUCUGGAGGUGCCUGCUCCAGCUGCUGGGAGAUGCCCCACUGCCCCACAGGCUCUGGAUCCUCUGACACUUGUUCAGUCAGAUGUGCCAGCUCCGUGGCCCAGGGCCCUCCCGCCAGCUCACAAAAAAGCAGGCACACUCCCGUGUUACUGCUGGGAGCACAAAAUGGUGUGACUCCUACACCAGGAAUUUUGUGGCAUCAAAUGACCCAUGAAGUUGCCUCUUGACCCAGCACUUCUGUUUCUGGGAGUUAGUGUUGCUGAGCACACUGUAAUGGAAGACUGGAAACCCCCGGGAUUCAUCAGGGACGCGGUGACAUCAACAAGGGUGUGUCCACAUAAUGGAAGGCUCUGGCUCAGCAGAGCAGCAGACCAGCCCUGCUCGCCACGCAGGCUGCACCCUACCUGCUCAGCGGCGGAGCCCCCAGCCCAGCCCCGGCCCGUGGAGCCACAGCCUGUUCCCGGACAAGGCCAGCUGGACCCUUCAGGUCACUGCAUCCAACCCAGCCAGGCCAGUGCCUCCCCACCUCCCUUUCAGCGGGGGCCAUGAAGCCCCCCUCAGGGCCGGAGGAGGCCCGGCGGCAGGCCUCGGACAUCAGUGUGUUCGCCAGCAGCUGCACGCUACAUGGGCUGAGCCAUGUCUUUGGUCAAGGAAGCCUGACCCCGCGCCGGGGGCUGUGGGCCGUGGCCAUGCUCCUGUCGAUGGCUGCCUUCCUCUACCAGGUGGCAGAGAGGGUGCGCUACUAUGGGGAGUUUCAUCACGAGACGGCCCUGGACGAGCGCGAAAGCCACCAGCUCACCUUCCCGGCCAUCACCCUGUGCAACAUCAACCCGCUGCGCCGCUCACGUCUCACGCCCAAUGACCUGCACUGGGCCGGGCCCUCGCUGCUAGGCCUGGAGCCCUCUGAGCACGCCGCCUUCCUGCGCGCGCUGGGCCAGCCCCCCACACCACCUGGCUUCAUGCCCAGCCCCACCUUCGACAUGGCCCGACUCUACACCCGGGCUGGGCACACGCUGGAGGACAUGCUGCUGGACUGUCGCUACCGCGGCCGACCCUGCGGGCCCGAGAACUUCACUGCGAUCUUUACCAGGAUGGGUCAGUGCUACACCUUCAACUCCGGUGCGGAUGGGGCAGAGCUUCUCACCACCCCCAAGGGCGGAGCGGGCAAUGGGCUGGAGAUCAUGCUGGAUGUGCAGCAGGACGAGUACCUGCCCGUGUGGAAGGACAUGGAGGAGACCCCCUUUGAGGUGGGCAUCCGAGUGCAGAUCCACACCCAGGAGGAGCCACCUAGCAUCGACCAGCUGGGCUUUGGGGCAGCCCCUGGCUACCAGGUUUUUGUGUCUUGCCAGCAGCAGCAACUGAGCUUCCUGCCACCACCCUGGGGCGACUGCAGCUCCGCAUCCCUAGACCCCGACUUUGAGCCAGAACCCGCUGGUCCCCUGGGUCCCCCCAGCCCCAGCCCAGGCCCCAGCCCUCCCUAUAGUCUAAUGGGGUGUCGCCUGGCCUGCGAAACCCGCUAUGUGGCUCGGAAGUGCGGCUGCCGAAUGAUGCACAUGCCUGGUAGCGCACCGGUGUGCAGCCCGCAGCAGUACAAGGACUGCGCCAACCCGACGCUGGACGCCAUGCUGCGGAAGGACUCGUGCGUGUGCCCCAACCCGUGCGCCAUCACGCGUUACGCCAAGGAGCUCUCUAUGGUGCGGAUGCCCAGCCGCGCUGCUGCCCGCUACCUGGCCCGGAAAUACAACCGCAGCGAGGCCUACAUCGCGGAGAACGUACUGGUGCUGGACAUCUUCUUUGAGGCCCUCAACUACGAGACAGUGGAGCAGAAGAAGGCCUAUGAGGUGUCAGAGCUGCUAGGCGACAUUGGGGGCCAGAUGGGGCUGUUCAUCGGGGCCAGCCUGCUCACCAUCCUCGAGAUCCUGGACUACCUCUGCGAGGUGUUCCUAGACAGGGUCCUGGGAUACUUCUGGAACCGGAAGCGCUCCCAAAGGCCCUCCAGCACCCAUCUGGGCUUGGGCAGCCAUGGAAAUCAAGUGCCCAAUCUCAGUUUAGGCUCCAGGCCUUCCACCCCUCCCUGUGCCGUCACCAGGACUCUUUCCGCCUCCCACCGCACCUGCUACCUCGUCACACGGCUCUAGACCUGUGUCUGCGUCUUCAGGGCCGAGCCUCAACAUCCUGGACACGCUCUGCCUGCACGCUCUGCUCUUUAUUUGUCACCUUCAUCCCAAAUAAAGUUCUAGUGCA